GUUCAUUCUGUUAAGUUAUGAAGUGCAACCGUGAUACAUUAUUGACAUAAUAACGUGAUAUUACAUUAGACUUCUGUACAAAGUUGCUCCAAAAUUGACGGCGCUGUGACCCUGCGGAUCCGAGCUGACCUGCCAGGCGACGGGAACGAGUGACGACGUGCUAACGAGUUAGCAGGGAAGCUAUCGCUAUCUAGUGUGUGCGCGGUGGGGUCGAUUUAUGUAUGAUACAGAUCAAUUUUCGAGGUUAUAUUGCCUUUUAUUUUAGGAUAGCCAUCCAAGUGAUUUAAUUAUGCCUAGCAAAAAGAAGAAAUACAACGCCAGAUUCCCUCCGGCAAGGAUUAAGAAGAUUAUGCAGACAGAUGAAGAAAUAGGCAAAGUGGCUGCAGCAGUACCUGUUAUUAUUUCGAGAGCCCUGGAGCUUUUUUUGGAAUCAUUGCUUACAAAGGCCUGUCAAGUCACCCAGUCUAGGAAUGCAAAGACGAUGACAACAUCGCAUCUAAAGCAGUGUAUUGAGCUGGAGCAACAGUUUGAUUUCUUGAAAGACCUGGUGGCAACGGUGCCGGACAUGCAGGGCGAGGGGGAAGAGAACCACACAGAGGGGGGAGGAGAAAAAGUCCCACGCAGGGGUAGAAAACCAGGCUCUGGCCGCAAGAAUGGGGGAGCUGGCUCCAAAGGCAAGGACAAGAAGUUGUCUGGCACAGAGUCGGAGCAAGAGGAUGACUCUGAAGACAGCGAGACGGAUGGGGACGAGGAGGACGGCUCUCAGUCCAGCACAAAUCAGCAGGCUGCUUCCAGGUUCCACAGCUCAAACGACCCCCCCCAGUACAUGCAGAUGGGCAGCAUGGCCUCAAUGGGCAGCAUGGCUCCGGCACAGCCCCAGGGCGGCAUGGCCUUCGCCCCCCACCCCUCCAUGAUCAGCGUCGCACCGCCUCCCCCAGCCCCCGAGCCGCACAAAAACGAGGACGACGACGACGAUGAAGACUAUGACUCUUAGCUCCCUCCUCCUUCCUACUCCACCACUCUCACACACACACACACACGCGCACAUACACUCUUCAACAUUAUUUUCGAUUUCUUAAGUUGUUGUUGCGGCGGCCGCUCCGAGCAGAGGAGGGAAAGACUCUUCAUCACGGCCCGCCGAAAAGCAAAGAGACGCCAUCACAGGAGACAGGAAACUGGUUGUACAUUAUGUGUUUUAAGUUUCUUUUUCUUUUUUUUUUUAAAGGUUUUAUUUUAUUGUAGAGGAGAAUCCGACCAGGAUGUUUUUUAACAAGUCAGUUGUUCUAUUUUGACUAUAAAGAAAAUGGCAGUUGUCACCAUUUUUGCCAUGAGCCCCCGCAGACAGGAUAGGUGUAGUUUGUGUUGCCUUGUAGCUUUUUCUUUUGGCAUUUUUCUUUCCUCCUCAGUCCUCCCUAGUAGACUUAUGAAGUGAACAAAUGAGUUGCCCAAGGUUGGCUUGAAAAAAAAUCCUUCAAGUAGUAGUUCAAGCCUUAAUACGGCCUUUGAUGUUCGUACAAAGGCGCCUAGCAGAGAUGAGUCUGAUUGGCUAUGAAAUACUGCCGUUAAGAUGUGUACUUCCCGGCUUUGUCAGUCCAAUUGUCAGGCUGAAACAUAAACAAGGAAGCAGGUGUAUUUUUAUUAUAGGUUCGCUGGACCGCAGCUUUUUGAAUUGGUUUCUAUUUUUAAUUCACGUUUUUAUCAAGAGAACUAUAAACCUCCACAACCACAGCCAUAGCCAUGAAGUCAACCAUAUCAGCAGGUUAAUGAUUUACACCGUGUUAUGUUUUUCACGCUGUCAGAGGUUAGUUCUUUGGCAGUUGGCUCUAGUAUUAUUCUUUUUUUAUACGACCAUUAAAUUCCCCUGAAUUGCCCCAUCAGAAGUUUACUGUGACUCUCGGACCAUAACUUU